GGGCUCACAACACGCUGUAUCCUUACGACCUGGCCCCAGCUUUGGGGCAGUUGCCUGUGCUUACUUAUCCUUUGUCCCGUCACCCCCCUCGACCGUCACUAGAGCGGCAGUACCUCAUGAUUUCUGCAGACACAACUCGACGUGAAAAGGACCUCAGAGACGGAUCCGCGCACCCUCCAGGCUGCGUUACCACCAGGACGUCUGGGCAAAGCGGAAUACACCUGGCAAAAUGGUGUCAACACGGACAAUAUCGACAAUUGGCCUGGCUGUUGCCACGGCCGUUUUCGCGCCGCAGGUCGACGCACAAGAGGACUUCCUCUCACGGUUCACCUUUCCAGGUCCCGAAUACCUCGGCAAGACUUUCCACUACCUCGACACCCUCGAAGUCGCCUGGAUCAGCAACUACACGGCACCGACGCUCUGGCUGUUCUGCCGAAAGAAGGAUGAUGACACGAUAUUCACCCAUUACAGGGAGCUCGCGCCAGGAGGCAACGCGACGCGGGAGGUCACGCUCCAAUUCAAGGACAUGGACCACUGCUGGCUCAAUCUGCGCUCAGAAGGGGAGAAGUGGGGGAUCAAUGGCGUCGGAUGGCAGUUUGACAACAGCGCGCGAGGCCAGACGACCAUCGGCCUUGGAUCCUCGUCGUCCACGAGCUCCGCGGCCGUGCCGUCCCAGACAUCGUCUUCGCAAACCCCCUCAGUCACGGCGACAUCACCCACGGGCUCAAGUGCACCGCCGCCGCCCUCGUCACCGACCGGAAUCCCAGACGACAGCCUGUCGACAGGCGCGAAAGCCGGUAUCGGUGCCGGCGCCGCCGCAGCAGGCCUGAUCAUCAUCGCCGCCCUGAUAUUCUUCUUCAUGCGCCGCCGCAAGAACAACAACAACAAGCGCCCACCCGCCGAGCUGGCCUCACAGGAAGGGGGCACGUAUCAGGACCACCCACAGUAUCCGCCCGUGUACGGAGGCCAGGCGAUGCAAAAUAACAGCCAGUACCAGCAGCUGGGCACUCCCGGGGCGGGAGCAGGCGGCGGCACCUGGGUCCCGGCAGAGUACUACACCAAGUCGGCAGCAGAGCCGCAGGAGAUGUACACGGGCGAAGUACAAGGCGCGCACGAGAUAUAUACACCGCAUACGGCACCGACCGAGCUACCCUCAGGAGGGCAUUAUAGGUAAAACGUGUGGUCGCACUUGGGAAUGCAGAUGGAACUGCCGUGCAUGGCUUCUGUCGGGCGGAGUCAGGUCUGAGAGCCUGUC